UUCGCUCCACCCUGCUGGGCACUUCUCUCUCCCCAGCGAGCUUUCACAUUCCCCGCAGAAAAGAGAGAGAAAAAAAGCCACCGAGGUCCCGCCUGGGGAGCGCGCGAGACUGAAAGGCGGCUGUGCCGACCCGCUUUCGCCUUCUUCUGUUUUUGGCGGGAGGGCGGAUUGGAGUCCUUCUGCCAUGAUUCCGUGGAGCCAGGCUGAGCGAACUUAACGUGAGACUGGGAGGCGACGCGUCGCCGCCCCCCCUCCUCCCCCGUGAAGACCAUGAGGCAACUGGCGCAGCUUUUCCCUCUUCUCGUGUUGUGCCUUAAUCAGAUAAAAGUUUUGGCUGCAUGUGAUGAAUGCAGUUCAGUGAAUGUAACAGCAACAAAUACGGAAAUACAUAUCCAGACACCUAACAACUUCACAAUAAGUAAUGUAACUUUUUCAAAUGGGAUAGAGGCUAAGCCUGGACCACUGACUGAGUCAAUAUCUGAUCUUGAACCUGGAGUACAGUAUAUUGUUUAUCUUCAGAAUAAUCAGAAUAUUACUGAAAUAUGCUGCAAAAAUAUUACCACAGUGCCCACUUCUGUGAUUGACAUCCAAUUUAGCAACAUCACUACCACAACCAUAAAUUUAACAUGGAACAGCAGAGAUCAAAAUGCACCUAAUUACAUUUAUAGAAUUGUAGUUGAUGGAAAUGGCACUAAUAGGACAGAAAACUCAAAUGUCAUGACUGCAGUAAUUAGCAACCUGGAACCUGGUACAUUGUAUACAUUCACAAUAUAUCCAGAAGUUGCCAGAACAGUAGGAGAUGCAAAUAAUGGAUCCGCUUAUACAAAGCCCAAUGCAGUUUCAGACAUCUACAUUGAAAACAUCAAUUCCACAACAGUCAAUUUAAGGUGGAACAACUCCGACACAAAUUCUGCUACCUACACUUACAGAAUAUGCUUUGAAAAAAAUGGAACUGAAAUGGAAGAAUUUGCUAGUGGCACCAGUACAACAAUUGGAGACUUGGAACCUGGUACAUGGUACACAUUCACAAUAUUUCCACGAGUAAAUGUAACUGAAGGGGACCCAAAAAAUGCAUCAAUUUAUACAAAGCCCAGUCCAGUCACAGACAUUCAUUGUAGCAGCAUCACUACCCAAGCUGUAAAUUUAAUGUGGACCAGCAGUGAUCGAAAUGCUGCAAAUUACAGAUAUAAAAUAAUAGUUGAUGGAGAUGACUCCAGUAGGAUGGAAAACUCAAGUGAGACCACUGCAGUAAUUAGCGGCUUGGAACCUGGUACAUUGUAUACAUUCACAAUAUAUCCACUAGUAGCUGAAGUGGAAGGAGAUCCAAAGAAUAUAUCCACCUACACAAAGCCCAGUCCAGUCAUGUACAUUCAUUUUAGCAACAUCACUACCCAAGCUGUAAGUUUAAUGUGGAACAGCAGUGAUCGAAAUGCUGCAAAUUACAGAUAUAGAAUAACAAUCGAUGGAGCUGGCUCCAGUAGGACAGAAAACUCAAGUGAAACCACUGCAAUAAUAAGCAGCUUGGAACCUGGUACCUUGUAUACAUUCACAAUAUAUCCACUAGUAGCUGAUAUGGAAGGAGAUCCAAGAAACAGAUCCACCUAUACAAAGCCCAGUCCAGUCAUGUACAUUCAUUUUAGCAACAUCACUACCCAAGCUGUAAGUUUAAUGUGGAACAUCAGUGAUCGAAAUGCUGCAAAUUACAGAUAUAGAAUAAUGAUCGAUGGAGAUGGCUCCAGUAGGACAGAAAACUCAAGUGAAACCACUGCAAUAAUAAGCAGCUUGGAACCUGGUACCUUGUAUACAUUCACAAUAUAUCCACUAGUAGCUGAUAUGGAAGGAGAUCCAAGAAAUAGAUCCACCUAUACAAAGCCCAGUCCAGUCAUGUACAUUCAUUUUAGCAACAUCACUACCCAAGCUGUAAGUUUAAUGUGGAACAUCAGUGAUCGAAAUGCUGCAAAUUACAGAUAUAGAAUAAUAAUCGAUGGAGAUGGCUCCAGUAGGACAGAAAACUCAAGUGAAACCACUGCAAUAAUAAGCAGCUUGGAACCUGGUACCUUGUAUACAUUCACAAUAUAUCCACUAGUAGCUGAUAUGGAAGGAGAUCCAAGAAAUAGAUCCACCUAUACAAUUCCUAGUUCUGUCUUCAACAUCACAGCGACAGAUAUCAGUUCAGUAGCAGUUGAUUUAUCAUGGGUAAACACGGAUGUAGCUUCUUGGACAUACUCCUACAGAAUACACAUUCGUAGAGAAAAUGGUACUUAUAAGGACAAGAUAGUCCGAAGCACCAAUGCUACAGUUUCACAGUUAACACCUGGUGUUAAGUAUACAAUCAGCAUAUACUCAGUUGCAGCAGAUAACACAACUGAAGGAAAUCCAGACAGCAUAAGCCUCUUUACAAAACCCAGUGCUGUUUCUCAUAUCACUGUUAAAAAUAUCGGUAUAACAGAAGUAACUUUAAGUUGGAGUAUUGAAGAUGCAGCUGCUUCUGGAUACACAUACAAAAUUUACAUAGAGAAUGUGAAUUCUACUGGCAAGAACAUCACCGAAAUAACCCCAUCUAAAACUGCUGUCAUCCGGGAGUUAGAGCCAGGCACCGCUUAUAAUUUCUCAGUCUUUGCACAGGUGAAUAGCGGCAAAACUGAAGGAGACUCCAGAAGCCUGUCUGUCUGCACAGUUGCAGCACAAGUGACUAAACUGAGUUGUAUGCCAGUGCCUAAGCAGCCAGAACUGAAUCUUAGCUGGACUCCUCCUGAUGGCACUUAUAAUAGCUUCAUAAUUGAGAUCUUAAACGGUACUUCAAACAGAAUGGAACAUUGCAGCUCAGAAGAUCAAGGUGUUAUAAUAAAAGAUUUGAGAUAUUUUGCCAGCUAUACUGUUAAGAUUGUAACACAUUCAUGUGGGGAAAUGAGCGUUCCUCAGGAAAAAAAAUGCCUUACAAGUAUCACCGAUCCUCCAGUUCCCUUUAAAGAACCUACUCUUGAGGCAACUAGUCACAAUUCUUUGAAAGUUCAGUUCAGCCCUUUCAGUUCCAUUUAUGGACCCUUAAAAGCAUAUGCAAUAAUAAUCACAUCAAAAGGACUGAACUGCAGCAGUGUCUCCUUGACAGACACCUAUCAGAAUUUUACCAAGAAAAACACAGACUCUUAUGUUGCAUAUGUCAAAAAUGUGCAAAAUUCCUCUAACAUUGAUUGUUAUGAUAUUGAAAUAGGAGAUGGAUCAACUUAUCGUGGCUAUUUCAAUGGGAAGUUAGAGCCCCUUAGUUCCUAUAGGGCAUGUGUGGCUGGUUUCACUCAUAUCGUUUUUACAAAUGACUUUAUCAGUUCAAAGGAAAGUUAUGCCUCAUUUUCGAAGUUCUCUGGAUCUGUAACCUUACCCCAAAAUCCAGAUGUUAUCACAGGAGCUGUUGUUGGAUGUAUUCUGGGUGCUGCUCUUGUUGCUGCAAUAGUGGUUUUCAUCUUCUGGAAAAAGAGAAGGAAAGAUGGGAAAAACAAUGAGGUGCCAUUUUCUCCGAUUAUACCUAAAAAAUCAAAAUUAAUUAAAGUUGAAAACUUUGAAUCUUAUUUUAAGAAACAAAAAGCUGAUUCAAACUGUGGGUUUGCAGAAGAGUAUGAGGACCUCAGGCCAGUUGGUGUUAAUCAACCCAAAUUUGCUGCUGAACUACCAGAGAACAAAGGAAAAAAUAGAUACAACAAUGUCUUACCAUAUGACGUUUCUCGUGUUAAACUUUCAGCCCAAAACCAUCCAACCAAUGAUUACAUUAAUGCAAACUAUGUCCCUGGAUACAGUUCUAAGAAAGAGUUCAUUGCUGCACAGGGCUCUUUGCCAAACACUGUUCAAGAUUUCUGGCGCAUGAUCUGGGAGAAAAAUAUUCAUACCAUUGUUAUGCUGACUAAAUGCAUUGAACAAGGCAGAACAAAAUGUGAAGAGUAUUGGCCAAAUAAACAGUCCAAGAAUUAUGGGGACUUAACCGUAGCCAUGACCUCAGAAAUUAUUCUUCCAGAGUGGACAAUAAGAGAUUUCUCCAUGGAGAAAAGUGAUGCAUCUAUAAGUUGCCCUGUGCGACAGUUUCACUUCACUGCCUGGCCAGAUCAUGGUGUUCCAGAAACAACUGACCUCCUCAUCAGCUUCAGGCACUUAGUACAGGACUAUAUGAAGCAGAACCCUCCCACCCCUACUUUGGUACACUGCAGUGCUGGUGUUGGGAGGACUGGAACUUUCAUAGCAAUUGACCGUUUGAUCCAUCAGAUGGAGAUGGAGAACACAGUUGAUGUGUAUGGAGUGGUAUAUGAUCUCCGAAUGCAUCGCCCUUUAAUGGUGCAGACAGAGGAACAAUAUGUCUUCCUAAACCAAUGUGUUAUGGAUAUUAUUAAAUCCAAGAAAGAGAAGAAAGCAGACCUGAUCUAUCAAAAUACAAAUGCCAUGGCAAUCUAUGAGAACUUUAAACCAUCACCACAUCUUGGGAAGGCAAAUGGCUAUCACAUGUAACCGUUCAAAAAUGAUGUGUUGCCCCACUUCUGCCAUAUAUAGGAAAGGGAAUAUGCACUGAAGAGUUUUUUGGUCUUAAUGUAAAGAGACUUUUAAAAUAACUUAUCUGAAGGUGCACGUAAUGUGAACUGUGGUUUAAUGCAUUUAUCAGAGGAAUCUGCUUUGAUGCAUUAUUUUAUGGAAGAAAUUAACUCAUAUUGUCUUAACAGAGAUCUCUUUACUGCAAAGACUUUUAAAAUCAAGCCUGAAUUCAGACUUGGAAGAAAUGGAAUCUAUUCUACACAUUCCAGUAAUGUUAAUUUGUAGAUAAUGAUUGCUUUACCAAAUGAAUGGUCAUAGAAUAGUGACUGUUCAAGUUUAUUUCUAAAGGGGAGCACAAAUAUCUUUUGUUAAUUGGAUUUUUAAUAUGUAAUUGUGCCUUUUUUCUAUCUCUUUUGCUAUACACAAAAAUGAUCAGAGUCCUAUAUUUUUGUAUGGAAAUUCUCAGUGGGAAUAUAACAUUUAAAUAAGAUUAAUAAUUUCUGUGGAAUAGUUUUGCUGAUUCUUCCCUCUUGGAAGUGGUAAUGUGUGUCACUUGAGUCUGCAAAGGCUUUACAAUACAGUGUGUUCACUUGGUCAUGUGAAAA